AUGACAUUCGGCUACGAUGCGGAUAUCGUUCACGCGCUAGCUAUCGCUGGCUCUAAUACUUUGCGCGACCACGGAAAAUCCUUCGCACAUGAGCUUGCGAUGAGACGGAAAAGGACCGGCGCAGGGGGGCUUGUGAUCGAACAAGCACUAUUGGUAUGCCGUGGCGAGGCACAUUCAUAUUUCAAAAGCAUACUCUCUAGUACUUUCGGCAUUUUAUUUCUCGGCACACCACACGCUGGAUCUGGGAAAGCAGACCUCAUGAAGCCUCUCGCCAGUCUUGCCAAGGUAUUACGGGCCUCAAAUAGCGCGAUUGUCGGUGUCCUGAAACCUGGCUCCGAAAUGCUUGCAAAUCUGCAACAAGAGUUUCAUGGAAUGCUAGAAGAUCGCCGUCGAAAUGAUAACAACCUUAUAGAAAUAUUCUGUUUCUAUGAAGAGCUGGAGGUCGAGGGAAUCGGCAAGAUUGUCCCGAACUAUUCAGCCAUUCUGAAUAACUAUGGAAAUCGCAGUAUUCACGGUAACCAUAUGCAGAUGACACGAUUCAGCGGCAAGACAGAUCAGGGUUAUGUGGCUGUGAGCGACCAACUCUGGGCAUGGGUUGAAACAAUCGAGUCACGGUCGUUACCAGAACCUGCUACGCCCGUCACGAACCAUAGAAAGCACAAGACCAUUGAAUCAAGUGGCGGUCCUAUCUUCUUAGGUAAUGCGGCUGCCGGUCGUGAUUUCAAUAUCAGUACUCAAAUGCAUGGGUUCUAUCCUUCGAAGGGAGAAUAA